AGAGUUUAUUUUUUAUUGAAAAAGAAAAAUCGACGAAAAACAAAACCUACAAAAAUUAGGGGAAAUCAAAACGCUUCUUUCUAGGAUUAAAAUACAAAAAGAAAAACCAAAAACUUUUAGAAAAAAACAAAUUUAAGUCUUCAUAUAACAAACAAAUAAAAAAACGAUAAAUUAAAAAAAAAAACACAAAAUUUUUUUUUUAGAAAUAAGAGCAAAAUAUUAUGGAUAAUUUACCCAUACUGAAAACAAGCAGUAAAAAUAAAGCAACUACCACAACAACUUCUAUAAACCCAACAACAAUAAUUAAUACACAAGAACAAACCCAAGUUGUAAACAAAACCAAACGUUAUAAAUUACAAAGAUCUACCGAAAAUUUCGAUGAUCACCACUGUGAGGAUUUGUUGAGCACGUCAGCACACCAGGAAUUACAGGACGUAAUGGGAGGAGGUUUUGCUACACCACCGCCCACUUACUGUAAACAAUUUAUGCAAAACGCUGUCACCAGCAGCGCAGCAUUAUUAACGAAUUUGAGCAACGAAAAACCCAAGACCAAUAGCAACCACCAACACAGCAACUGCAAUAACACUUCUUCAACAAUUAAACACAUACAUUCUGCCAUAGAUUUACCAAUGCACGAGAAACUAUUGGAGAAUGAUGGGUGCGAUAAGAACCCCAAAGAUAAGACUGAGAAACUGAAAACCAAAACGCAUAAAGAAUCGAAAUUUGCCGAAAAGUUAAGGCGCAGCUUUAGAAGAGGCGAACACAAGUCGCUGGAAAUUAAAAGGCAGGAUAAAAAGGAUCCUGGAGAUCUGACAGCAGCCCAGGAGAGAAGCAGCAGUUUAAGGCCUUUGCAGCAACAGCUACAGAACUCUGCUUCCAUAUUCUCUUUAACCAAUUUGCCUGGUUUGGGGGGUCACAUCAAUCCGGCUUUAUUGUUAGACAGUCCUGACGAAAGUACUCCGCCGGAAUUUGCCUACCGCCAUCUAAGUAGUGUGGCCACUACCAAUUCCAGCACCUCAUUGGAGAGUAACUUCUGUGAGAGUCCUACCACUAGUAUUAGCUAUUGGGCGUGGCAUAUGAACAAUAACAAUAUGGGGGCUGAACUAAGUACUAGCACAAAUACCAACCCAGCCUCUAACACUCCAGCUAAUCGUGCCGCUAACAAUGACAAUCGCAAAUGCUUGCAGCAGCAGAGUAGCAGUAAAAGUGAUUAUGAACACCCGCCUGUAACCACAGCCAGCCGCAGCUGCAGCACAGCCAGUGAGAGUAGUACGGCCGCCAAAUUGACACGUCUGCAAAACUUUCUCUUUAAAUCCAGCAAUGAAAGUUCACGCAGCAUACAGGGUCACUCCAAUGAAGGUUUUACCGCCUCCUCUUUUAAUUCUUCCUCGGGGGAAUGGGAGAAUCUGUGUAACUUUCCCUCUACUUCCAAUAAUCCUCCCGGAAAUGAGGAUAUUUUGCAGCUAAGUCAUGAUAAUGAAACACAGCAUGUAACAGUUGCAGAAAACAAUGGCUCUAUGAAGAAUUAUUAUCAAUAUACCUUAGCUUCGCCCAAUAAUCCCUUUUUGCCGGAGAUAACCGCUCGCACAUAUCAUAGCACCUAUGAAGAGGAGGAGGAAGAUCGUGAGUUAGAGGAUGAAUUGGAUUCUAAUGUUACCUCUGUGAAAUAUAGAAUAGGCACCCAUUCCGCACAGCUACCCACCCCCAUUUACAGUCGCACAGGUUCUCAAGAAUCUACCCAUAGUGAAUAUGCCCCACACAAUUUGGAACCCCAACUGCAGGCCCAAUCUUUAAGCUGUUCGGCAUCUGUGACCACGCCUGGCAAACAUAAAAGAAAGUUAUUUUCUCUAAGCACACCCACCAAGUUAAAUUUUCCUCAACAGCAGCAACAACAACAGCAGCUUUUCCAGCAAUCGCCAGCACCCAAAUCGUUGGGCAGUGACCCUAGCUCCUGCAUUCCUCAGCAUAAAAAUGUCACCAAAACUUCCUCUUGCAAUUUAGUACGUAGUCUUAAUCCAUUUCUACCCUCCACCACAGUGACGUCUUCUUCCCCGCCUCAGCGUACCUCGUCUUCGAGUAGUCUUAACAAACGUACGGGACCAUUUAAACAACAGGCUGUUACCUCACCCAUAGCGGUGCCCACAACGAAUCCUUUAAAGGAUCUUAAUGCCAGGAGAGAGGAGUUCUUAAGGGCAACCAUGCAGAUAUGUUUGGUGGUGUCACCGCCCUCCUCCAGAUUGCAGCAUCAACAACGUCAUCGCCAUCAUCUUUAUCGUCAACAACAGCAUGAUGAUGAUGAUAAAAAUGUAGAUCAAAAGAAGACAUUAUUGAAAUAA